GCUCAGUCUCUUUUAAUAAAUUAAACAAAUCGGUGCAAUCUACUUCUACUAAAAAUGCGAAACGAGUUUUGUAUCGGUGUUUUUGCUUUUCCAAAGUCGAUCGUUUUCUGCUGUCUCCUCCUUUUACUGAGCAGUCAGAUAUCAGCGCAAACUGAGAAUGAAUCGUUCGAGAAUGCGUUCGGUCUGGAUGAGACCCAAUCUAUGGAUAAUAAGAAAUCGAUCGCCGAAAGUAAUAAGUAUACCGGACAGAUAUCUCCGAUAAGAAAGCAAAGUUUAUCCGGACAAGUGGAUGUGAACGAAAAUGGAGGUGAUCACGAUGACAAGGACGAAAAGAAGAAAAGGGUAGAAGAAUUUUCGUUCAAUGCCGCUAACAAUUCUGACCAAAAAAAUAAACCUGAGAAUGAAAUCACACUUUCUGACGACUUCUCCGAUAAAAUUGUCGGAAGAAAAAAUGGAAAGUAUGCGAGAUACGAUUUAUCGGAAGCAGACAGAUACGCGCCUCAUCCGGAUGAUUCGGUUCUAAAUUAUGUUUUAACGGAGACUAGACUGAAAGAAAUUCGAUCGAAAUUCAUGUAUUGGUACAUCGACAGGGGUGGUAGCAAUGACGAUGGCGAUUAUCAAAGGGAAAUCCAAGCUCCGAUGCCACAAGUACACAAGAAUUUCAAUUUUCAAUUACCAUUCUUCGGGUUCAGAUUCAAUUACACCAGAGUAUCGGUAAAUGGUUACUUAGAAUUUACCGACCCUCCGACGCAUUAUGCUUACCCUCUGGUGUUCCCGGUCAGAAAUUGGCCAAAGGAGAACGAUCCUAGUUUUAUAGGAAUAUUUUUCAGUAAAUGUCGCAUAGGAGAAAUUCGACCAACAGACGUAGACCAGAGGAGACCUGGCGUAUACUUUAGAGUCGAAAAAGAUUUGCAAAGCAGAACAGAUCAAUUUGGCGUGGAAAUGCGCGAACGUCUCAAAUGGGAUAUUCGCGAAGGAAUGAAUGGAGCAGAAGCCUUCGAGCCUAAACACGCAGUCGUAGUAACAUGGAAAAAUGUGUCGUUCGCCGGUGGUAUCGAUAAUUCCCUGUACAAAACGAAUACGUUCCAAAUGGUCUUGGCCACGGACGAAGUGAACACUUACGUGAUAUUUAAUUAUCUGAAUAUUCAAUGGACCAGCCACACGGAAGCUGGUGGUGAUACUGUGAAUGGAGAAGGUGGAAUCUCGGCAUUCGUCGGUUUUAACGCCGGGAAUGGCACAGGGAGCUACGAAUACGAGCCCUACUCACAAACGUGGAUGAUCCGCGAUUUAACCAGAAUGGGAUGUGUGAAUGGUUUUCCAGGACGUCAUAUGUUUAAGAUAGAUGACGACAUAAUGCCUUCGGCAUUUGGUUCGAGGCCACAAGGGUCCUGCAACUUUGGCUACUAAGUUAAACGAAUUACUAAGUUGGUUACUAAAUGGUAAUCAACGCACAAGUUAAUAACCUUAACUAAGGGCAAAAGAAAAUGAUAAAAAGAGCGAAGAAGAGCUUACCGAAUAUAACCGACAUAGAUAAGGACAAGCACUAUGGAGGGGGAUGAACAGAUAAAGGCUCCGAAAAUCCACCACGAAGUAGAAACGGGAUAAGAUGAAAUAAAAUAAAAAGGGGAAAAAAUAGAAGGAGGAGGAAGGUUAAAGGGGACCAGCAGGAAGCAGGAGUAUGGAAGGAAGAAAUACGCUUUCGGUAAUUAAUGGUGGUGCCAUUUGGAACUGUGCCAGUUUUGCCACGGGAAAAAAAGUCUGCCACGAAUUUAUCGAACAUUGUACGAAUCUUCGGAAACUUCAAAACUUCGUGCAGCGAAGUUGCCUUCUAAAGGCCAGCGAGGAAAUACGAUCUCCCUAGAUCGAAUCGAUCUCGUCUGACGACGUACAAUUUCGACUUUGGUACUUACUUGACUUUCAUCAUCGUGGAACCAUCAUGCUUCGCGAUGAGCUUCAGGUAGUCCCAGGAUGCCUUGCACUCGCUCUCUAGUUUCCCGAUGUUUGCCGCGAGCUCGUCGAAGUCGAUUUUCGAUGCUCUUGUCACAGCGCCGAUCUGAACAAGAUUCAUAGACUUUUCUUGAUUUCGAUUUUCAAACGACACGUGUAUGAAUUAUUCUGCAUGAAAUAAACAUACGAACGACUCGGUGGGAAAGUGAUACAAAUACAAUUUCUCUUAGGAAAUGCGUUAUAUAGAAGAAAAAGUUUUAAAGAAAACGCAGGAAGACUUUUAUCCUCGUUUAGUAAUCGAGAACCUGCGAAUAAUUAUAUCUGGAUUCACUUGCACGAUAAUGUGACUAAUGAUAUUAGUAAAGUGACAAAAUAUGAUUUCUGUGUAAAAGAAUUUUCUUUUAUAAUUUUAUAAUUGCGCAACAAAUAGGAUAAUUAAAUAGCUUCGAACUUAUGAAAUUUGCUUCUAUAAUUAAUUUUGUUUUAUCGUUAAACUCGUCAGUGCUACAUAAAGGCAAAGCGCUACAUUCAUUGACGCUCGUAAUUUGCAACUUGUAAUUUAUGGAACUUCGUUAAUUCUACUUGCAUUGCGCAACAGAGCCUGUAAAAAUGUCUUUAAUGUAUCGAACCAGCCUGGCUAAACUUUUCAGCCAUGUUACGUUCGUUUUAACAGAAUAACAAAAAAAUACCGAGGCUACA